UAGUACUAGUCGCAGUAGUAAAGCAGAGAAAACGAAAAAUUAAAUACGAAUGUUAUUUUGGGAAUAUUUUUCUCGAAGGAAGCGAGGUCUGCUGGGAAAUGUCCAAUAAUUAGAAUGUGAUCUGGAUGCAGAGUCUUCAGGCUCACAUGAGUACAGAGAAAUCCUUCUGCAGCAGAGCGUCACGAUGCUAGCGUACAUGGAUAGAACUACGCACAAUUCCACUAUGCUAUCAGGUGUCGCCGAGCCAAGGAUGUUGCUUGGAUUUUCUGUCAAUGAUCUCACUAUUCUAAUCGGCGCUGCUAUUGGAGCAGCUGGCUUGAUCUUUGUUAUAUUAGCUGCAGUUGUAGUAUGGCACUGCUGUAAAUUAAGAGGAAGGCCAGAUAAAGCAUUCUGUCUUGAUAACUCAACUCCUGAUGAGGGUUCCAUUAAACAGGGACCUGGCAGUAUGUUGCAAAGCGACUCGGUUGUUUUCCUUGGCUCAAAAAAUAAUCAAGUUUCAACGCAUGCCAUUUCAAUCAAGACAGAUAUUUGCCAGUCUCUUUUAACAAGGUCUCAAUCGGUUCCUUUAAAAGAAGGAAAGGAGCAGCUGCCAAAGUUACCUAUCAUAAAUAAGCAAUUUCCCAAGCGUAGACCUGUCAGCCAGCCUGUCCACUUGCCUUUGUCAUUUCAACCAGCAUCUUAUUCUCCAAAGAGAACCCAUUCAGUUCAUCCACACAAUUAUCAUCGACAUCUGGAUGAAGUCGACUUGCCUUUGGCACUUCCCAGCAUACCAGAAGUUGCUUUCCGCAGCUCAGAACUACUUCAUGAGGCUCCCCCGCACACUUUGUAUGCAUCCUGCAAUGCUUUAGAUGAGCCUUGUGUCUACAGUUCUUUAUACACAAAUAUUGAUCCUAAUACAACAAUGAAAACUAGAAGUUUACCAUUGUGGGGUCGCUCUCGUCCAAGACCCCUUUCAACCGAAGAUGACUUAAAUGAGUUGUAUGCUAAGGUGAGUUUCAGUAAGAAGCGCAAAAACCGUAUGCGAAGUGACAGCGCUGCAGCCAUAGCUGUCAAUAAAAGCCGUUGCUCAUACUUAACAAUUCCAUUUGCCCAUAAAGAUACUGAUUCAUUGGUGGAUAACGAAGCUGUUGUUGUAUAUGAUGAAAGAACUGCACUUUAAUAACUUUUUAACCAUUUUUUGGCAUUUUUUAUGCAUUCUGAAAUUGGUUAAUAUGUUUAGCAUCAUUUUAAAUUUUAUUGUACAGACUAAAUCAGUAUGAAUCAAAAUUUGUAUAUAUACAUAUAUGUAUGUUUAGUAGUGUAAUCAGGGAAUGCAAUGGGUCAAAUAUAUAAUACACCUGCCAAAAUAUGGCCAGCCCAUUACAGUGUUAUUUUGAUACUUUAUAUUAGUAAUGCACAAAAAAAUGUGAACAGCUGUUUCAAGCCCCCGCAAGUUGUUUUAGGGCUUGAAAUUGCUGUAUAUAUAGCGCUUAAAAUUUAUUAACUAAUGUCUCUGAAAAUUAUCUGUAUACAAAGAGUUUUCUGUCUUAUGAUCACAAAAGUCACCAGAGUAGCUUGGAUAAUGAAUCAUUUAGCCUGUAACUACCAAAUUGUAAUUCAUUUAAAUUUAGUUUGAAUGGAGUUAGUUAGAAAAAGAAGAUCACCAUUUAUAAUUUGUUCUCCUACACUUUUCUUCUUGAUUUAGUGUUUGUUUUUCCAGCCUAAAUUUAUUGAAAUGAAAGUUUUCUGAUUUCAAUCCAAUGUAGGUUUAUGACCAUUUUUUCUUUCAAUUGUAAGACUUGAAUCCUGUUUGAAACAUUUUUAGAAUGCCGGCCAUUAAAAAAAAAAUGUUAUAAAAAAGCUUGUCCCAGUUGAACCUGCUAGACCUCUAUUUUGACAACUGUUAGUCCAAAUGCAUAUUUCCAAUUGCAGAAAUGGUCAAAAUAAGAUGCUGAGUUAAGAUAUUAAAAGUUUGAAGCAGAGAAAAAAGUUAGCGAAAAAAUAAGAAAUCUGAUUUUUUUACGAACCCUAGAUCCCAUAAUUUAUAUUUAGGGAAAUAAUCUUGACCAAUAAUCCCAACACAAACAGUUUGACAUUAGUGUGACAAAUAUUCACCGAGCUAUAAAGCAUAGCGUUUUGUAACUUACAAUGCUUUACAUUUGCAGUCAAUAACAUCCUUUAAGGACAAGUUUAGCAGCUAGUAAUGGUUUAAAAUUAUAUGUGUGCAUAGAGUGUUUUUUCAAACUCUACGAGCUUUUGUGGUGUGUUCUUAAGUAUCAUAGCUUAACAUUUGCAUUUUUUUUUCAAGAGCAAUGAAAAAUAUAAAUAUUUUUUUUACUUCAACAACCUGUCUUUUACUUGAAAGAGCGAUGAGUUCUAAACUCAUCUUCAGCAUUGCCCUUUAAAAUUUAAGUAAAUUUUGGUUGCAAAUGUUUCAAAUUUUUUAUGUUUAAAAUUAUUUUUAAAUGGAGAUCAUUUCCCUAAAUAUAAGUUAAAAGGGUUCAUAUAAAAAAUUAGAUUUCUUAUUUUUUGACUAAUUUUCUAUUUUGCUUCAAACUUUUAUAUCUUAACACUGUGUCUUAUUUUGAUCAUUCUUGCGAUAAAAAGUGUACAUCUUGGACUAACUGUUAUGUCUUGCAGGUUAAUCGGGGAUAUGCUGUGCAUAUGUAUACGUACGGAAAACCUCAUGCACAGAUAAAACUUGAUUCUGGGAAAAGUUAAUCUAUAAAUAAUUUGUUGGCAACACAUUGUUAACUGGUGCACGUUGGUUUUUUUUUUUUAGUUAUUUACAUUUACACUAAUUUAAGACUUUCCACCAGCUUUCAUAAUUUAUCUGCUACAUCUUUUCCGGGGGAGGGAUAUAUCAUUUGAGGUGAUAAUGUGCCCCAGAAGAUAAUUUCUAAGUAAGUUGCACUCAUGCUUUUUUUUUUUUUUUAAAGCUGUCCUAAAAGCAAUUUGUUGCAGUUUUGCAUAUAGAAAUGUGUUCUUUUCUCUCUUGAAUGGAACUUUGAGAACAGAUUUGUGAUUUUAUAGCAUUUUUAAAAACUAUUUUAGUACUUAAAUGUAGAAUGGAUGUGGGGAAUGGUAUGUUUGUAUAGAAUUUUUUUAAGAAGAAUAGUUUUUGAAGUGAAUAUUUUAUUUCAUACAGGAAUGUUUACGUCGUAGCGUUGAACUUUGGGUGUCUAGUCAUUUAUUAUGCAUAGUAAAAAUGAAUCUGUGAUAAUGUAUUUUUUCUAAAUCAAAUAUCAGAUUUUAUGUUUGUUUUCAAACCUGAAAUAACUAAUUUCAUUUCUAAGAUAUUUAUUAGUGAGAUCUGAUUUUCUAUAUAUUGUUUCAAUCUUUUAUACCAUUACUUAUAUGGGAAAAUUUAUGCUUUCCCUAAAAAAUGUAGUUAGUGCAAUAUUUGUGUAUAUAAACUUUAUAACUACUUUUUGCUACAAUAUAACAUUAAUUAUGCUCCUGAGAAACCGUUAAAUAAAUUGUAUUAUAUUUAGAUUAAAUCUUUGAUAAAUACUGUCCAGAUUUUUAAUACUUUAGUAAGAGUGCAUUCUUUAAAACAUUAAGUGUUGUUUGUGAAAUAUUUCAAGAUUUCUGGUGUAUAUGAAAAUUAACUUGCUGUACAUACCUAAACUUAACUUAAAAUUAUACUUUCUUGUUGAUACUUUGUCAAAGAAAUUAUUACUUUAAAUAUAUGGUUUUUGUUAUUCAAAUAUUUUAUAUUUCGAUUCUACUUAGUUAUGACUUAAAAAUUGGUUAACUACAAUUUUUAUCUUGUGUAAAUUAUUUAAAAAUGUGUCUUGUUUGAUUUCUGGUAUUUUUAUGUGAAUUUAUGUAUAUUUUUAAUAAAUAUUGUAAUUUUUACUUAUAACAAUAAAAUAGAAGUAUUUUCAUCUUGAGCCUUGUGGAUUUUACAUGAAUUAAUAAAGAUGUUAAACU